ACAAAAAUGUCUCGAUGUAUUUUUCUUUCUACUUGACCCUGACAACCACAUAAAUAUAUAUAUUUUUUUAAUGUGUUCACACUUAACCUUGCAAACCACAUAAAUAUUUUUUUUAAAUGUGUUCACACUUGACCUUACAAACCACAUAAAUAUUUUUUUUAAAUGUGUUCACACUAAAUUUUGUCUUAAGACGGAAAACGUCCGUGUGACGUACAUGUUUAAGGACGUGUGGUAAAAGUGUGUCCAACCCGGACUGACCUAGCUGGGCAUGUAUAAAUACCGCCGGCGGGAGGUGAUUGCUUGCAUUUGAUGUCCGCGCAUGCUACGUGAGGUAAGUCUCAUCCGCUAGUGUUAAUUGUAUUACACAUUUUCUAUUAAUCACGUCUCUACGUCUCUACGCGGUCCCCGACUGCUGGCUGGGCGGACUCCCUCCCUGACUGUGGGGUGGGGAAAGGCUCGUUGCCAUGACAACACAGCACGGAGCGGAGGGGAGUGCACUCAGUCGCGUUUACGGCGUUACAUGUUCACAUAGUUUGCACUCAAUCACGCUUAAGUAGCUUGGGCUUCACUCAGUAUACACAAAACCGUUUACUUUAAUAUUUACAAAUUAUGAUUAUUUUAUGUUUCCAGAACAUUAUUUGUACCGCUGAACGUAACUUCCCGUCUAUCCCCUCCUCGCCAUGUCUACUCCCCCCGAGGCAAAGCGACCCCAUCCCAGUGAGGCUUCCACGUCGGACACUCGCGACAGCGCGCGGGCGUCCAGGGUGGAGUCGCAUGAAGCUGGCGACUUGCCUCCCCUGGAGAGUGUUAUCUUGGACUCUGCUUUUGCUAACCAGAUAAUGGACUUUCGGAUGGGAAAUGAUGUUGAGUCUAUUGAUCCCGAUUUGGACCGGUUUCUACAGAGAUUUAGGGUUCCCUUUCUGGCCUUAACUUCCGUCUUGGUACGCCCUUUUAAAGUCUACAUUUCACUCUCGGCUACAUUUGUUAAGGAAUCUGUGGAGGGAGGCGCGAGUGAGACAUUUCAUUUUACAACCCACUCAGCCGCGGUACUGCUCUCUGAUGAGGUAGGGGAAAUCUAUGAUUCAGUAUUCAUUCCGGAAGUCAAUAGGAACGUUAGCGAUUUCGCUGCUCGUGGCAGUGGGUGGGCUCUACAGCGAUUGAUUAACAUGGAUGUACAUGUUUCAAGCUAUAGGGCUUUCACCGUUGGCGCGCCGCACACGAAAUUACCGACGUUUUUAUCCAAUAGGAAAGCUUGUGUCAAUAUUGAAUGUCCCAAGCAGCAUUGCUUUCUGUAUGCCGUUAUGGCACGUGUGAUGCCGGCGGAAGCUAAUGUUAACCGAGCCAGUUCGUAUCCGGAUCCACUUGUGGCUUUCAAUACGUCUGGUUUGAGUUUCCCGUCCACUCUCCAUCAGAUUAAGACAUUCGAGAGGAACAAUAAUAUUUCCAUUAACUUUUAUGCAUGCGUAGACAGUAAGGGAAGUAUUGUUGAUGAAUGUUUUAGUGGCAAAUCUGAAUCCUCUAUCCAGCCUCUUCGCAUAUCCUCUGAGCGAAGAGCGAGAUAUGUAAAUAUUUUAGCGAUUCGUUCUAGUGGCGCGGCAGAGCACCUACACUUUGUAACAAUUAAGAGUCUGUCCAGGUUAUUACGUUCCCAACUGUCAAAGUCUACUAGUAAGAAAUGGAUUUGCGAGCGCUGUCUUCAAUACUUUUCAAGUGAAGACAGGUUAACUUCACACACUAUUCUCUGCAGCCAGCAUCAAGCAGUGCGUUCCUGUUUCCCUACAGAGGAGAACAAAUAUUUACAGUUUACAAAUAUUGCAAAACAGGAUCGCCUUGGCUGUAUUGCGUACUGUGACACCGAGUCAUACCUUAAGCCGAUAUCCACCUGUUUACCCGGUGAUGAGACAUCUAAUACCGCACAGGUAAACGAACAUGUACCAUACGCAUGCAGCAUUUUGUUAGUGUGUGGAUACGAUAGCUCUUUGACCAGGUAUGUGCAAUUCGAGGGUGAUAAUUGUAUUGCUGAAAUGGUCGCCGAAUUAGUUUCAAUGACAAAGUGGGUAUGUGAUAUUUAUUCAAAGACCAUUCCUGUUAAGACGCCGACUCCAGCCGUCUCUGCAAGGCUUGCGAGUCAAACACAUUGCCAUAUCUGUAAGAAGGUAUUGGCUGGGCAGAAGGUGCUCGAUCACUGCCAUUUGACUGGUGAAAUACGUGGUUAUGCCCAUUCGAAAUGCAACCUUGCUUUCAGGAUGCAAAAGAAACAGCUUGUCGCGGUAUUCCAUAAUUUGCAAAAUUAUGAUGCCCACUUUUUAAUUAAACAUUUAGUUUCGCGGCGGAUUGCACAGCUGGGCGGCUCCUUUGUUGUGAAGAAUCCCGGUGAGGUCAAAGUAUUAGGCGUAACUCUAGAGAGUUAUAAAUGUAUUACUAAAUACAUACAUGUCUCAGGUAAUGCGCAAGGAGGCGUGCGCGCUGUGCGUCUUAGAUUUAUUGAUUCACUUAACUUUUUAAAUUCAUCUCUGGAAACUCUCGCUGGCAAUCUCACGCCGGAUCAGUUGAAACUCACCCGUUCAAUGUUUCCGGAUGACACACAGUUUCAGUUAGCUACGCGUAAAGGUGUGUUUCCCUAUGACUUUGUUAAGUAUAGUGAACAUUAGCAGACUGCCUCGCUACCACCAAAGGAUGCGUUCCAUAACGUAAUGAGUGGCAUGGACGUGAGUGAUCUGGACUAUACUCACGCUCAAAGGGCUUAAGACGUAUUCCAUUGUGCCACAUUGAAAGAGUACGCACUUAGUUACCUUAAGGUGGAUACUUGUUUGCUGGCCGAUAUAUUCGAGUCGUUUCGUUUUGUUUGCCUACAGCAUUAUUCGCUUGAUCCCGCACAAUACAUAACCGCUCCCUCGCUCGCAUGGGAUGCACUUUUAAUUAAGACCGGUGUGCAUCUUGAACUUGUGACCGACCCGGACAUAUACCUCCUCCUAGAGUCUGCCGUUCGUGGAGGUAUUACAAACGUAAGUCGAUGUCACGCGAAAGCUAACAAUGUGUACAUGUCCAGUCACGACCAGAGCCUUCCGUCUUCGUACAUCUGUUAUUUCGAUGUUAACGCACUGUAUGCUCACACAAUGUUGGAUAAGCUUCCUGUGGGUAACUUCCAAUGGGUUCCCAGGGAUGAGUAUACGAGUUGGGAUUUCAACACCAUUGACAUCGAUGGUGAUACAUAAUUUUUCGCGGAACUAGAUUUGACCUUUCCCGAUGAUUGUCACGAUUGCCUAUCAGAUCUGCCUCUGGCCCCUGUGAAUGGCGUACCGCCAAACGGACGUAUGAGUAAAUUACUGUUAACUCUCGCGCCGCGUACUUAAUAUGUUGUCCAUGCUAAAACACUGCGGCACUACGUUCAGUAUGGGGCGGUCAUCGGCCAGGUUCACCGCGUGCUGCGGUUUGCGCAGGCGGCAUGGAUGAGGGACUAUAUAGCCUUUAAUGCUGAGCAUCGUGCCCAGGCUGCGAACCCCUUUGAGAAAUCGUUUUUUAAAUUACUGUCGAACUCUGUUUACGGAAAAAGUUUGGCAAAUACGCGAAAGCAUAAGGAUAUACGCAUUGCUUCACGAUACGAUUCCAUUUGUGGGGUGGCUGAGCUGAUUAGUCGUCCAACAUUCAAGGCUCGGUGAAUCAUCGAUGAGAGUUUAGUCCUUAUAGAGAUGCAAAAAGGGACGAUUACCUUUGAUAGACCUUUGUACACAGGUGUCGCCAUUUUAGAUUUAUCAAAAUUAGUUCUCUACGAUUUUCAUUAUAAUUACAUGCAAAAGAAAUUCCCUCCACAGUCUCUGCAUCUCCAGUAUACGGAUACAGAUUCGUUAAUUUACCACGUUGUGUGUGACAACAUUUACGAUUCGAUUCGCCCCGAUUUAGCUUCCCGUUUCGAUACUUCAAAUUAUGCGCCAGGUAAUGAGCAACGCUUCCCCUUGGUUAAUAAGAGUGUAACGGGGGUGAUGAAGGAUGAGGCCGCUGGCAAUAUCAUCACGGAGUUUGUUGGUCUUCGCCUGAAGCUUUACGUGUUUUAAGAUGGAGGACGGUUCUUCGACACAUAAGGCCAAGGGAAUCAAUGCCAGCGCACUUCGUUUACUCCUGUUUCCUCAAUACCUGGAAUGCUUGCUUCAAAAUUCACGGGUUCUCGCGACCCAACACCAUUUCCGAUCGCGAGGCCACACUGUGUUUACGGAGCGUGUGACCAAGGUAGCAUUGUCUUCAGGAGAUGAUAAGCAUUGGCUUUCUGAAGACGGUGUCAGCACUCUACCUUGGGGACAUAAGAACCUACGCCUUUCCCCGGACCACGAUUAGCCCUUUCCCAUUGUUACGUUCAGCUAUGCUGUCGUCUCCGAGUGAGGGGUGGCCUAGCGCUCCAAUCCUUCCCAACCCCUCGAACCACACACCAUUGCACGUGGGGAAUAACCUAUUGAUCUCUCCAACACGAGAUGGCUGUAUCAGCACGUGAUGAUUUGUCAGCCCUUAUACCGAGAGAGAUAGCCGAGCUGUUUUUUAUGGAGGAGGUGUUGGAGGUUGAGCCACAGCCACCAUCCUCUGUGGGAUUACCCGCGGGUGCUGUGGUGUUGGCGGGGCCUUCGGGGUUGGGGUCGUCCGCCAACCGUGGAUGAGCGACGUGGCUAUUAUAUA